AUGAGCUCAAGCGAUGAUGAAUGGCUAAAUCCACCAACAUUUAAUUCGUGGAAAAACCCUACUAGUGGUGGUCGCAGUGGUGAAAGUGAAUUACUAGCGGCACGAAGGGCUGCUGCACAGCGACAGCGUGAAGAAGCAUCCCGACGAGUUGUCUCAAAUCAACAAUUAACACAACCACUAACUCCUGCUUUAGAUGUAUCUUCAAAUAGGUCUGAACAAAAGAGUCAACAACAACAAUCAAAAGAACAAAAAUCUGGUGUAACUGAAGAAAUGGUUGAGACCCUACGACGUGAACUAGAAGCGAAGAAAAAACUAUUAGAUGCUUCAAAAGAAAAAGAAAAUGCGCUAAGAGAGAAAUGGAGAGCACAAAAGGCGCAACGAUCGGCAGAAAUUUCGCAACUUGACAUGAAAAUACGUCGUCAACAGGAUGCAAUUGAAGAAAUGAAAUCUGCAGCGGAACGUGAAGUGCUUGAAAUAGAAGAUGAACAGCAGAAGCAAUUAAAAGAAGAACGUAUAAAGAUGGAAACAGCUAUUCGAGAAGAAUAUGAACCAUUAAUAGAAUCGAAGCGUAAUUAUCUUGAAGAAUUAAAGCAGAAGGAGGCUAAACUAAAAGCCGAACUGAAUGCUGGUGACAGUGUAAAAGAUUUAGUUAGCAAAUGCAUUGGUAGUGCUCUUAAUACUAUUCUACAACGUGUAGAUGAUAUGUUUGCGGCUAACUCAUCUGAAACAAACGAUUGGGAGACAGAGCUACAACGUCUUGUACGUCGAGAAGUACGGUCCUCAUUUGCUGUUACGACUGAUAGUGAAGCUCAGCAUGAACGUGAAGAUUAUCAAAAAUAUUUUAAAGAUACACUUGAAUUCUGGCGUAAAGCUGAAGAAGAAGAACGUGAAUAUGUUCUCAAAAUGGAUGAGCAACUUUUGUUAGACUUACAGUCUAUGAUACAUGACGAUCUUAACCGGCUUCAACAUGAGGAAAUGAGUAUGGAAGAAUUAUACGUUGAGUCACGUGAGGCGUGGGCAGCACAACAUCAAGAAAUGCUUAAGCGCGAGAUGGAAGCAGCAAUGAAUAGACGUGCUGCUGAGUUUGAAGAGCAACGAACUUUACGUCAUCAGUUACAUCUUGAGCGUAUGAAGGCUGUGGAGGAGAAGCAACGGGAUAUGAUAGAAAAACAACGUUGGUUUCAUGAGAAACAAAUGGCGCUCUUGCGCGAGCAACAUGCGAAAGAGGAACAAAUUGCUGAGAUGCGUGCUCGUGCAGUUGCAGCGUCGGAAGCAGAAAUCUCUCGUUCCAUUGAGGAGUUUACUCGAACAGUGCAGGCGGUAGAAGGCCUUUUGGAACGAUUAAAAGAAUAUAGAUCUGUUGUUGAAGAUGGUCGUACAGCUCUUGACUGUGACCAACGACGUAUCUUAGAAUCCCGUGAGGCCACCCUAUCGAUGCUGCAAGAUGUCGUUACAAAACAAACGGUAUCUGUGAGUGAGGAACAUAACGCACUAUCAGCGACAUUAGGCAAACUAGAGACGGUACGCCAUGGGGUGCAGCAACAUCUAGAAGAGGAACGUGUGUGGCUGGGACAGCAGCAGGCGAAGUUUGCGCAGGGAAAGGCGGACUGGGAGCGGGAGUACCGGCGCUGGCGGCGGGCAGUGGAGGAGGAGCGGUGCCACGUGCGGGAGCGCUUUGGUGGGGCCCUCUCAGCGCUGCGCCACGCGUCGGAGGCCCUCGCGGAGGAGUCGCGGGGUCUCGAGGCGGACCGGACGGCGCUCGAAGCGGGACUCCACGGCGCCCGAACGGCGCUCGAGGCGGAGGGGGCGGCGCUGCGGGAGCGGGCCGAUGGACUCCGCCAGCGGGGAGAGGCGUUGGCAGCUCAACUCGCGACGUUGGGAGAACGGGGGGCGGCAAUCCGGUCGGCGGGUCAGCAGCUUCAGCGCGAGCGGGCAUCACUCGUGGAAGCGCGCGAGGGACUCCGACGCGAGGCCGAUGAUCUUCGUCACGCAAACCACUGCCUGCAGCUCAUGCGGGGACAGCUGCACAGUACCCAUGCACAACAACAGACAAAUGCUAUGCAGUACGAGUUAAGAACUGCGCAGGGUACCAGGCGUGAGUUACAGAAGGAACGGGAAGAAAAGGAAGAACUGAGAAGGCGUCAAACUCGACCAACACCCGUUGCACCUCCACAUUCAUCAAUAAUUGUGCCAACGGUUUCACAAAACACAAAUCGUCUGCCACUUCGUGUUCUCACCGAACUACGUGAAAUGCUUGGAAAACAAAAGAAACACCAUCACAACAAUAAAUGGGACAUCCACGGUGCCAGAGAAACCAUAACGGAUCUUAAAUUAGACUUCAACAGCACUACAGAACCUGAAGAAGAGUUACGUCGUGCUAGGGCCAAAACACAUGAAUCCACACAUCGAAAACAACAACAACAACAACAUCAACAACAAAAAGAGAAAGCAAAACAGAAACAAGAACGUUAUGUUGAUCCAAACGAUCCUUCAAGAGAUACAUCUUCACAUUUAUAUGAGUCUUCAAAUAACUUUACCUACCUUAUACCAUUUUCUGACACGGGGUCGACACAAACAUCACUUCAAACUUCAGCAUAG